GUGGCCUUGUUGCAGGGAUUGCUGGGAAGAAGAAGUACAGUCGAGAUUGGGAAUUUGGAGAGGGAGGUAGCUCUCUGAAGAGGAACUCCUGUCACCUUUAGAAGUAAGAUUUCCAGGGAAGCGUUGUUCCAGGGAAGAGGGUGACCUGUGUACACGCCGCAGACAGAACUGCAACGCCUUCGUUUUUUUGAAAAGAGCCUCUGUCUGUUUGCCAUGGCUGACAUUGUGAUCUUAGAGGACCGAGACAAGCUGAAGAGAGGACUGGUGAAAGUCCUGGAGUGCGUGGCUACAAUCUCGUCAGCGGCUGCCGUGGUGAACCCCAUCUUUGGCGUGGCGGGCUCGCUGAUCCGUGUUGUCUUGCACCAAAUUGAUGAUGAAGAGAUCCAGACGCUGAAGCGCGAGUUCAGCAGUGUGAACCGGGCGCUGGAUGAGAUCUCCCAGCAGAACCGAAGUGCCCUACUGCAGAUCAAGAAAGAGACGCUGGACGGCCAGUACUGCCGCGUUGAGGAGAACAUCCGCAACCAGUUCCGCAAAUUCAUGGAGAUCGUGGAGGCACGGCCGGAGUACCAGCAACACAAAAAGGACGACUUUGAGGAGAGCUACGCCAACGACAUGGGCGAUCAGAACCUGCACACACUCUACGAUGGUGUCAUGGGGAAGCCCAAGCUCUUCAGCAGGCCCAUCCUGGAAGUCUACAUGACCCAUUCCCAGGGCGACCGGCGGGUGAUGGAGCGCCUGUGCACCCGCCUCACCUACCUCUUCUGCAUCGGGCUGAUCGCCCUCAUGGGCUACGCUGCCAUCAUCGGGGAUGAUGAGGAAGGCUUGAGUGAGGAAUGGGCUGAGAAGAUGGAAAAUGUGCAGGAGAGGAUGCAGGAGGUGCUGAGAAGAUGCAAGUGAUUCUUCCUCCUUUUUCUACACACCGGACUCCUUAUGUAUCCCCUAGAGCAGUGGUCACCAACCCUGAUGCUGGAGAUCUACUUUCCUAGUUUCAACCAUAACCAGCUCCAGCUAAUUUGCUUUUCAAGAUGUUCUUGAUUGGCAAAAUCAAUUAGUGUUAAUUAAGUAAAAGAUAUUUGGUGAGCCUUAGGGCACUGGUCACCAACCAUUUUCCUGGAGGUCUAGCUGUUCUUGAAGAUCACCAACCACCAAGCGUAAUCUAACAGACCUGAUCCAGCUGAUUGAAGAAAUAAAAAAAAAACGUUGCUUGCAAAAAUGAAAAAGAAACAGGCACCAAUUUGCAUAAUGCUAAUAACACUUACUUGGUGGUUAAAGGCUUCCAUUUGCUGUUAGACAUAUUUGCAUAUCCGGUCAAACUACUCCCUUAAAGUCUUCUGAAAAGUGUUUGAUUCAGCCAAGUUGAGUAGAUUUGGGUUCCAACUAAACUAUUCGGGAAAGCAGAUCUCUACAAGGGGGAUGGGUGACCACUGCCCUAAAGGCAGUGUCUCACUGCUGCCCCCUUUGGUUUAGAUUUAUCUUUACAGUCUUAACGGUUUUCUCCCUCUCUUUCUAUCAUAUUCCUUAUUUCUCUCCUUUGUCAUCUUGUGUCGUCUCUGUGUUACAAAUAGCCCCUUGUUUUUGAUUGUAUGGACACACACUGUGAUUCCGUCUCACUCCAACCAACCUGAAGUCUCCAGAGCUUAAAAACAGUCCCCAGGUGAACAUGUUAGGAUAGCAGUUAUGAAAAAAGAAUAUGUAAAUAUUUAGUAGGGCUGGCCCGAACACGGUAUGGUUGUUACUGCAGUUCAGAACAUAUACAGUAGGCACCAAUUAUAUACAGUGCAGUGCAGAGCCUGGGAUGAGGCGUGAAAUUAUCAUGUGUCCAAUUAAACCAGGUGUAAUUUUUUUUUUUUUUAACAUUCACAUAUAUUAACUGUUCUGUCUUCUAAAGGCCUUUACCUAUGACCUCUAUUGUAAUUUUUUUCUGGCUUAACAAAGAAAAAGUUUCCGAAUAACAAAAAAACGAGGGGAAAAAAAAAACAUAACCCACGUAACAAACAAACACUCGACUGUUCAGAUUAUUCGGGCCAGCCCCAGACAUUUUACCCUUGACAGCUAUGAUAAUGGUUAUUUUUGAGGGCCGGUGGACAAAACCUCUAAAUCUCUUUAGUAAAUGAAACUGAAUUAAGUUCUUUCAAACUGUGUAGCAUUUUAAACCACAUAUUCAUGCACCAAAACAAAAGCAGAGGGCUUCAUGGGCCCUGUCCAUACUUGCAGAUUUGAGGAUGGCUAGCCUGUCUUUCAGGUGCAUGGUAUCACUACGUCACGUUCACACCCAGCAGCCUGUCUGGGAUUGGUCUUAUGAAAUCCAGUUGUUCACCAUCCUUUCUUGCACUGCAGGUGGUUCUGCUACAAAAUCGAAACAAGGCCAAACCCUGACUCUGUGAGGCUACCUCAAGCCUAAUACGAUGCUGUCUGUCAUACACCAAGCACACAGAAUGUAUUAGUACUUGGUGUAUUUGGUGUUUUGUUUAACACUAAGUAAGUACCCUGCAUGCACUACGUCUACGUCUACCUAAUACUGCUCAAUUCAAAUGAACCUGGUGGUGUUAUUCCCACAGACCUGAAGCUACAAGCCACUUUCCUGGACAUGUAUUAAGCCUUUGGUGAACCACCGCUGGGAACUCUUUUUGUCUAUGUUUAGGUUUAAUUGGUUUGAGAAAAUGGUCAUACAUCUUUACAGGGCAUGCAUUUGCUGACAUAAGCUUAAAAUGCUUGAAAGAAAACACUAUAAUGAAUGAAUAUGUAUACAUAUAAGUCUAACACUACAGAAGCAUCACUAAUUUGCAUUGGCCAAACUUAGUUUUUGCACUUACUCCAGCCUUUCUGCCCUAAACAGAGAUCCUGUAACAUCAUCAUCACACGAAUAUGCCAUUUAUGAAGGCAUUAUUACCUGGAGUACACAUGCUGGUCUAAGUGCUAUGAUGGCUCAUCCAGAAAAGCCACGUGCAUUUGUUUUAACACAAAAGAUCCUAGAACUUUAGUUUUUAAUAGGAAAAAUGUGAAGAAGAGCAGCUUUCCGUGAAACGUUCGUCACAUAGGCCGAUGUGUUCGGUCAGAAUACUGCUUUGUUUUAGCAUUGUGCACUUCUGUGGUUGUCUAACCUCCUAAAAUGGGAAUCCCAUUGAAUUUUCAAAAAAUAAAUCUAAUGUAAUUCAAUCAUUUCAAUGUAAAGAAAGUCAUCCACAGUGGCUUGAGUCAUAAUCACAGUGGGGGUGAUAGGAGCCAGACGUCUAGAGUUUUAUCACAAAGUUAUUACAUGAUAUGAUUACAAAUAACCUGCCUGAUGCCUGAUGCAUGGUUUUAUUUAGGAUACGAUUUUAGGGUAAAAUGCAUUCUUUAGGGCAAGCUGAAUGGAGUGGUACAUGCAGGUUUUCUGGAAGGCAGAAUAGUCGCCAAAGAAAACAUACAUUUUUGGGAUUACCACUAUUUUACCGUCAAAAACAUCCCAUGUUAAAAGUCAUGAUUAUUUUGGUUAGUAAAUAAAGUGGCUCUAUUUGCACUGCACAUACCCCAUCUCUGGCUCCCAUCACCACCACUACAAAGAAACAUGAGGUAAAUUUCUCUAAAAUGCCACAUUUUGCAUCAAACCCCUCUGUCAGAAUUACAUUAGAAUUUAGAAAAAUUGGUGGAAUCCCACUUUAAUGCUGAAACAGAUGAGUAGCUUUCUGAAGUGCUUUUUAAUUUUAAAUUAGCCGUUUUCUUUGACUAGGGAUCAUUUUGUGCCAUUAAUUGUUUCUCUGGUUUAUAUUCUGCCUGUUCAUGUUGUAUAACAGUACCUGAAUCAAAUAACUCCAUUAAAAUGUGCGAUAUACUGCUUCAAGUGUGGUGGGCCAUUUAACUAAACCAUGCCACUAGUGCCUCCUGUGUACUUAAAUCAGUUACUUUCUCUUCUCCUUGUCUGUGCAGCAUCACGUAAUGGGCUGUUUAGGCUAUCUGUCCUGGUUACAGAUCACUUUAAUGUAUGUAUAUGCGCUUAAAUUCAAUUAUUAUGCACUUUCAAAAUAAGACGAACAAUAACAUGCUUUUAUGAGACGUCUCAUUGCCUCUUGGGGCAUCCUGACAUUACUCGAUGUUCCGGGACUGAAUGCAAAUGAGUGAGGAGUGCAGUUUGCACUGGGGACAGGUUUACUGACAAUGAAGAUGCUUUCAUGGAAAUCUAUAUAUUUGUUAUUUUUUGUUGCUGUUCAAUAUUGUAUAAAGUACCAUACAGCACUACUAUUAAAAAUGACAUAAAAACCAAGAAAAA